ACUGCCCCCCUUAGGGCUCCGCUGAAAGGGAGAAAUAAAGCAAAAGGAGCUGGAGAGGAGAGCUGCAUGCGCCUUGGAUGGCUGUACCAGCCCUGAUCUGUGACAUGCUGAAGAGAAGAGUACAUUUCGGGGGAGGCAGAUAGCUGUGCCUUCAUUGCAUCUGUGGAUCAUCCGGAAUAAGAAAUAACACAACUGGAGUCCACUGUGUCUGGAUUAGGAGGAUCAGUCCAGCAGUAACUUUAUCUGGAUCCCCAGGCUGCUGCUGCUGCUGCUGCUGGUAGCUGUACUAUCUGCUGCCUGGGUACUGCUGGGAAGUUCUACUUUUCUGAGGAUCCUUAUAUAUAUUUUAUUCUUCCUGGGAUUUGGGGUUUUAAUGACACCUACUGGAUCUGUUAUUACUGAGAGGAAUAAAGUCUGUGAAGAGUGACGUUCUGCUGAAGGUCUUCCAAAGACGACUGCCGAUGGUCAAGUGAUGGGGUUUCCAGAUAAAAUGUGUUCAUGAGGUAACAGAAGAAAAUACAGGAACACCUUCCCUUUCCCUUACCCUGCCCCUUUUUUGUUAGACCACAGACAAGAAAUGGGUCAAAAGAUCUCAGGGAGCAUCAAGUCUGUGGACGUACGGGAUCCACCUUACAGACCAGUCAAGCGAGAACUUAGGGGCCCAGACUUUUGCAAGCCUGCUCGAUUAGAUAUGCUGCUGGACAUGCCUAUGGCCACUGUGGACGUUCAGUAUAAACAUUCAUGGAAUAAUGAAGAUCGGUCUUUGAAUAUUUUUGUGAAAGAGGAUGACCGUCUGACGUUCCAUCGACACCCAGUUGCACAAAGUACAGACUGCAUCCGAGGGAAAGUUGGCUAUACAAGGGGCCUUCACGUUUGGCAGAUGCAUUGGCCCAUCAGGCAAAGAGGAACCCAUGCUGUUGUUGGGGUAUCAACUGCUGAUGCCCCAUUACAUUCUGUUGGAUAUACUUCACUGGUAGGAAGCAAUAGUGAGUCUUGGGGCUGGGACCUAGGACGAAAUAAACUAUAUCAUAACUGUAAAAACCAACCUGGCGUUACAUAUCCAGCCUUUUUAGAACCCGAUGAAUCCUUUGUACUCCCAGACUCCUUGUUGGUAGUGUUAGAUAUGGAUGAGGGGACACUUAGCUUCAUAGUAGAUGGACAAUAUUUAGGAGUUGCCUUCAGAGGACUCAAAGGGAAAAAACUUUAUCCUAUUGUUAGCGCUGUAUGGGGUCACUGUGAAAUUACAAUGCGAUACAUCAAUGGACUAGAUCCGGAACCGCUUCCUUUGGUGGAUUUAUGCAGAAGAUCGGUUCGGUUUGCUAUUGGCAGAGACCGUUUGAACCAAAUUGAGUCUUUACCGUUGCCUCAGUCCUUAAAGAACUAUUUACAAUACCAGUGAAGCACCCUCUUGUAGCCUCAACAGGACAACAAAAAAGAAAAUGAAAAGAAGAUAUAAUG